AUGCCACGCCAGCAGAUCAACCUCGAGCCUUAUCGCGAUGAGAUCGUCACGCUGUUCCAGCACGGACUCAGCAGUGACUCGAUCGGUCGCCUCCUGGAAAGUCGCUACAACAUCCAAGUCAAGGAGCGCACCAUCCAAUCACGGCUUCGAAAGUGGGGUAUCCGUAAACGACACCGCACCACCACCGCAGAUGAGACCUUACACGCGCGGAUCAGGAUGCUGUUCAUGCAAGAUAGACUGACCGAUAAGGCAAUGCUCAAGUUGUUACGGCAAGACGGCUACGAUAUCUCCGAACGCACCCUCCGCCGCCUGCGGUUCCAGCUGGGACUCCAUGCCCGGACAUCUAUGGACCAGCCACCGGGCCCUGUCUUGGUGGUCGCCAAGUAA